AUGGGAAAAUGGGUGUCCAUGAAGAUCUCACAACUCACCUUUGCCCACGAGAUGGGUCACAAUUUGGGAGCGAAGCACGAUGACGACUUCAAGGAAGAAACACCUGCUUGUCUGCCCUCAGUAGACGAUCCCAAAGGCAACUACAUCAUGUUCGCCAGUGCUACUGGUGGGGACAAGGAGAACAACAACAAGUUCUCGGUAUGCUCUGUCAACUCCAUCGCUCGUCUUCUUCAUCAAGUCCUCAAGGGUGAAUCAAACUGCUUCUUUACUUCCAAUGGUUCUUUUUGUGGUAACCGAUUAACAGAGGAAGGCGAACAGUGUGACUGUGGCUUUACCCAAGAAGACUGUGAUGACGUCUGCUGCUAUCCCAAGGACUCCAAGGAGCCCUGCAAACUGAAAAAGUUUGCCAAUGUUGGCAACACCACCGUUAAGGUUCGCUGCUCGCCGACCGCUGGUGAGUGUUGUACCUCGAGGUGUCAGUACCGAGACUCGAAGCAUCUUUGUAGAAGCGCGGGUGAGUGUCACAAGGCUUCCUAUUGCUCCGGCAACAGUGCCCAGUGUCCGCCUCCUGUAAACAUUCCGGACGGAACUCCAUGCAUGAACCAUACGCGAAUUUGCAAGUCGGGUGAGUGUCUGGGAUCGGUAUGCGAGCGCAUACCUGGAUGGCAGGAGUGCUCCCUGUCCCGUGGCGAGGACAUCACGCCUGAGAUGAUGUGCUACGUAGCUUGUCGCAAUAUUCACAACGACACGCCCUGUAUCAGUACUAUCCAGCUAGAAACUGACGAAAAUCUACGCAAGGCCUAUCCACGACUAGCGGCUGAGUUGUUACAACAACCUGGUGGACGAGCGGUGCGCCUCCAGCCAGGAACGCCCUGUGACAAUUACCGCGGCUACUGUGAUGUCUUCUUUGUCUGCCGCUCUGUAGAAGUGGAGGGGCCUCUGGCACGUCUCCACAAACUCCUCUUUUCGCCGCAAAUGCUCAGUAAAGUUAAGACUUGGAUAACAGUGCACUGGUGGGCAAUGCUACUGAUAAGCUUCGCCUCCGUGGCCUCAAUGAUAAUCUUUAUGCGACUGUGCAGCUACAGUACACCCUCAUCACGUGCCUACCACUACUAUCAGCAUCAAUUGAGAAGUCCACUGCCGCCACUUCAUCCUCCACCACCGUCGCUCCCGUCCAGGCCAGUUGAGCGACGUCGCACCAUCGAUCCAGUCAAUGGAGUGGAGCGGCAUGUCUCAGAACUCAUUCCCGCCUCCUCUGUUCCUGUGCCCUAUCACAGAAGUCGUGGCGAUGCUACUGGCAGCGGUGGGGGGUGUUCUCGGUCCCAUCCCAAGAACUACGUGGAAAUUUGUGGUAAUUUCAGAGGUCAGACGAAAACGCGACCAGUAAGCGUUGUAGUCUACCCACAGCCUGCAUUACCCUCGCAUGUACGCGAUCUGCCAGUUCAUCACCAGCAGCAGUCCGCCGUGUCCAUCGCACCUCCGGGCCAUGGAUCCAGAUCGGAUGGACGAAAGCGCCCCCUAUCCUUUGUAGUGGUAGGAACAUCUGAGACAGCUGGAAGAAGUGGUGACAACCCAUCUCGCAUCACUGACAACGAAAACCUUCUUCUCCUACUUCCUCCCGUCAGUGGCAGUCCUCCCCCUAUCUACAGUCCACGCAGGUACCGAAACUUAGGCAGAUUCCUUAGUAAAUAA